AUGGCGGAAACUACGCAGCUGAGAGAGAAGAGUUUGAGUGUUGGUGGUAUCUUGCGUGAACAUGUAGACGAUGCAGAGCUGGAUGAAUGGGGCCAUAACGUUUCCGAAAACCUCCUCGCCCAGACCUCGUUGUUCUCGCUGACACAACCGCACCAACCUGAACCAUCAUGCAGCUUCGCACGCGACAGUGACGAUGCGGCUACUUGGCCACCGCCUGUUAUUGGCUCGGAUGAGCAAUCCAAGAUGCUUCGGGAGCUCUUUCCUGAGCUAUUCCCACAAUCACCAUCUAUUGAGGGUCGGCAUCCGUUUCAAGCCAGAGAAAACCCUUAUCUUGAGGGUCAAUUGGCAGUCACGGAGAGGCACUCUUGCUUGAGGAGAGUGCGUCGACUCGACACCGGUGUCGUCAAUGGCUAUCUCAAAUUCAUCAUGAGAUCAACAGACCAUACCGACUCUGAAGACUUUUCUCAUCGUGUAACAAGCAGUUACAAGGAUAUGGCAGUCCACCAUCGAAAUCCCUACAUGCCUGAGUUUCGGCCCGAAGAUAAUGUCACACGACUGCCUCAAGGAUUCGGAAGCAAUGCGAAAAUUGACAAAACCGACCGGAAGAUAUUGAGGUUCUAUACAGCGGCAAUUUGUGGCGGCCGCACUCUGCUACCGAAGACGAAUGCUUGGUUAGAUCUUGGCAGUGUUAUUGAUAGCGAUGAAUGUGCAAGACAUGCGGCCCUCGCCUUUUCUGCUGGCUAUAUGCUCGAUUACAUUCCGAGCGAAAGGCUUCGAGUCAGAGCGAAUUUUCACUACAAGAAAGCCAGCGAGCUGCUCACCUUGGCUUUGGCCAAUCCCAAUAUCUACGAAGUUGGCAAGGAAGACGGUGUCGUGACCGCCCUGCACCUUUUGUGGAGCGAUGAUAUUGUGCAAUGGGAACUUCGAAGACCCAAAGACAAGAAGCCUCGUUGGCGAUGUGGAACACAGACCGCAAAGGCAAUACUGGAUGAUACUGAUCCCGGUUAUCGAUAUUGGCAUCCAGAGAAUGUCCAAGUAACAAGUACUAGACGAAGCAACGCAAAUAUGUGCGCUUAUGCAGAGAUCUGUGCGCUUCCGAUCACAGAACUUUGCAUUGCAGAUAUCGACAAACUUUAUCCCUGGCUUCUGGGUGGCUCAGAGGAAGAUGUACGAGAGAUCCACGGUGGUACUGGCGUUUGUCCAAAGAUCUUGCAUAUAUAUGCGCAGAUCACGCAGCUAUCUGCGCGCAUCAUGGAGGACCCCGAUUCGUCGAUCCUUCCACAUGCUGCUGACGCGAUUAUGACUCAGUUAACAAACUUCAGACAAGUCUCAGAACUUUCUAGGGGUUAUGAGACGACAGAUGAGCUCCUCAACGCAUGCAUACUCGAUGAUCGCGCGCUAGUGCAGUGUGCCACUAAAGUGACCGAGCUUACGGCAGAAACCUGGGUACAAGCAGCCCAAAUAUAUCUUUGCUGCAGAUUUUACAGGAUGCCAAGAUAUCACCCAAAAGUCUUGCAAAGUCUGUCAGUGUUGCUGCGAUGUGUUGAGCGCAUGCCUACGAGUGGAGAGCUCUUCACUGCGCAAUCUCCGUUUUUCUGCAUCUUCAUGGCAGCCCUCGUGGCUUAUCGUCAUGAAGACCGUCUUGUGCUUCGCAACUGGUUUGAUGCCAUAGUGUCAGGGGCCAGUGGAAGAUCGAGUGUACCACCUAUUUACAAGAUUGCCCAGGAAUUCUGGAUUUGGAUUGACGUGCAGCAUUAUGCCAUCCCAAAGGAUGAUGUCGGUGAUUUCACACUGUUGAGCGAGCGUACUCCUUGGUGGGAGAACAUGGUCGAGUGGCUUCUGGAAAAUUAUGGAGAACUGAGUCUUGUUUAAGCAGAAUGCUUCGUAACGGACAAAGAGUAUCUCGAUGAAAUAUCAGGAGCUGAGUAUUUCCGCCGUUCGUUCUUUUCAAAAAUCGUUUCCAGUCAGAUAAAUUAC